AUGGCGGCCCCCGCCGCGCGCAGUGCGAGCCUCUCGGGCCUGCUGCCCGCGCAGACCUCGCUCGAGUACGCCCUGCUGGACGCCGUCACCCAGCAGGAAAAGGACGAACUGAUCUACCAGUAUCUGCAGAAGGUGGACGGCUGGGAGCAGGACCUAGCGGUGCCCGAGUUUCCGGAAGGGUUAGAGUGGCUGAACACAGAAGAGCCUCUCUCCAUUCACCAGGACCUGUGUGGGAAAGUGGUUGUCCUCGAUUUCUUCACGUAUUGCUGCAUUAACUGUAUCCACCUGCUGCCUGAUCUCCACGCCCUGGAGCGCAAGUUCUCUGAUACAGAUGGUCUUCUGAUUGUCGGUGUUCACUCAGCUAAGUUUCCAAAUGAAAAGGUCUCAGACAAUAUCAAGAGUGCUAUCCUUCGAUACGACAUCACCCACCCUGUGGUUAACGACGCAGACGCCAGCCUCUGGCAGGAGCUUGAGGUCUCCUGUUGGCCAACACUGGUCAUACUGGGACCUCGUGGAAACAUGCUGUUUUCUUUGAUUGGAGAGGGACAUAAAGAUAAACUAUUUUCAUAUACUUCUAUUGCUUUAAAGUAUUACAAAGACAGGGGACAGAUCAGAGAUGGAAAAGUUGGAAUAAAACUCUUUAAAGAGUCUCUGCCACCUUCACCACUGCUGUUCCCUGGCAAAGUAGCCGCAGACCACGCUACAGGUAGACUAGUGGUAGCCGACACUGGACACCAUCGAAUCUUGGUCAUUCAGAAAAGUGGACAGAUUCAAUAUAGCAUUGGAGGACCUAAUCCUGGAAGAAAAGACGGAGUGUUUUCAGAAUCGUCUUUUAAUUCUCCACAGGGUGUAGCUAUUGUGAAUAAUGUCAUCUAUGUGGCCGACACUGAAAACCACCUUAUAAGAAAGAUCGACUUAGAAGCUGAGAAGGUGAGCACUGUGGCUGGCAUUGGCGUUCAAGGGACAGACACAGAGGGGGGAGAGAGAGGAGAGAAGCAGCCCAUCAGCUCUCCUUGGGAUGUCGUGGUCGGAACCUCAGGUUCAGAGGUCCAAAGAAAUGACAUCCUGUGGAUAGCCAUGGCCGGGACUCAUCAAAUAUGGGCACUCCUCCUGGACUCUGGCUCCCUGCCAAAGAGAAGCGAGCUAAAGAAAGGAACCUGCCUGCGCUUUGCUGGGAGUGGCAAUGAAGAGAAUCGCAACAAUGCAUAUCCUCACAAGGCGGGCUUUGCCCAACCUUCAGGUCUCUCUCUAGCCUCAGAAGAUCCGUGGAGCUGCCUCUUUGUGGCGGAUAGUGAGAGCAGUACAGUGAGAACCAUCUCACUCAAAGAUGGAGCCGUGAAGCACCUCGUAGGAGGAGAACGAGACCCCAUGAAUUUAUUUGCUUUUGGUGAUAUUGAUGGAGUAGGCAUCAAUGUGAAGCUUCAGCAUCCGCUCGGGGUUGCAUGGGACGAGAAGAGGAAUCUGCUCUAUGUGGCAGACUCCUAUAAUCAUAAGAUCAAAGUUGUGGAUCCAAAAACAAAAGUCUGCUCAACGCUAGCAGGUACCGGAGAUGCAAAUGAUGCAGCUUCCAGUUUUGCAGAGUCAGCUUUUAAUGAGCCUGGAGGCUUGUGUGUCGGUGAGAGUGGUCGGCUGUUAUACGUAGCGGACACUAAUAAUCACCAAAUCAAAGUCAUGGAUCUGGAAGCAAAAACAGUCUCUGUGCUUCCGAUCUUCAAGCCUGACAGUGCUAUGGUGGAUGGCCCCUUCCCCAGAGAGAAACAGAAGACAGUACCCAAAGUGCCCAAGUCUGCCCCAAACAUCCAGCUCGCCCCUGUGACUGUGUGUCCUGGGCAGACUCUGCAGCUCCAGCUGAAGCUGGACCUUCCCCCAGGGACAAAGCUGACGGAAGGUGUGCCCAGCUGCUGGUUCCUGGCUGCUGAAGGCAAUGAGUGGCUUCUUCAGGAGCAGAUCCCGUCUGGAGACAUAGAGAGUAUUUCCAGUCAACCCACAAUUGCCCUGCGGAUUCCUACUGAUUGCUUGUCACUUGAAGCUGUGCUAUCCGUCAGCGUGUUUCUUUACUACUGCAGUGCAGACAGCAGUGCUUGUAUGAUGAAGGGGAUCCUGUUCAGGCAGCCUUUGCAGAUAACUGAUACCCAGCCAGGCUGUGGAGCUCCUGUAGAGCUCACACAUGUAUUCUAGGAGCCAGCCAGGGCCCCUCACCACAGCCCCCAUCCAUCCUCCAUUAAAAAUCCAUUGCUUAGUUGUAACAACUGAUCCCAAAAUAAAGUUGCACUCCUUAUUAACAUUUUAA